GGGCCACAUGCGAGCCCUACCCCUACCCCCCACGAUUUCUGGGGGGGAGGGUGGGGUAGGGGUAGGGCUCGCAUGUGGCCCCCUAUCUGUUCUGACUCCAGUCGUGCAUCCAGCGGCUCCCAUCCAUGCGCGCUUUCGGCGAUCAGGGAGGCCUGCGCCCUCUGCUGCCAACGCGGUGGAUCACCGAGCCGCUGUUGCGGAUGUGAGCAAGCGGCCACCUCAGAAGAAGCACGGCGGUGGCCAAGCAGAGUAUCUCGCCGUCGUUGGUAAGAUUAGUUGAUCUUUGCACUGUCUGCUUUCACUGAUGUCUUCAACACCGACAGCGCGUAAUGCGGAGGAUAGGCCCAAACCUUGACGGAUCAUGAAGUUCGUGAUGGUUACAGACAUCGCGGUUGCGAGUGUGUUGCGCCUAAUUACGUACGAUAUGUCGGUCGGACUUUGAGUUUCAAUCUGCGUGUCGUGUCAAUAUCUGGCUCCAGCUUCGCGUUCCUUCGCAGGCCGGACUGUAUGCAGUCGUUGCCGGAUGCACCCGCCCACUCGAGCGAGGUCGCCAUUGUGGUCCGUUGCGACAGAGUUCCGGCCGACGCGGCAUUCCAGAGCUCGCCGUUCCAGGACAGAGCAUCGGAGCAUCGGUGACCGCAGGGAGGCCAGCAUGCCGCCGUGCAGCGGAGCGCGGGCACGGCGCAGCCGGGAGGGCGUGGCAGGCUGGACCUGCGUGGAGAGGGGGCUCCGCCGCGACCCUUGGGUGGUGAUGUACCAGUGCGGCACCCAGGAGCCCCGCCGCAGGCGGGGCCUGGAGCGGGGGUGCUUCCAGACCCUGCCGCAGAGACCAGCAGGCGAGCGGGGGCCAGAUGUGCCCGUCUUGUGCAACCCAGCGCCGGCGGACACAACGGCAUACCUCGGAGUCUUGGAGAAAUAGCAGCUUCCAGAUCGGGGUCUGAGUUUUCUUAGCAAAUCGAAGAAGCUUGGGACUCCAGGGUAGACUAUGGAGGACGGCACCGACGACAAACAUGUCUACACCUCAGUCAAGUUUAAUCAUCAUAGCCUUCACGCACACCUUUGAUGAACGUGUUGUUUGACGACCUGGGCCCUUUGAGUCGC